GCCACGCGGACGCUGCUCAUCACCCAUCCGGCCUGCGCGGGGCACCACAUCGCGCACCACCCCGAGCAGCCGAAGCGCGUCGUCGCCAUCGAGGCCGCCGUCGUCGCGGCCUAUGGCGACAGCAAAGACCUGGCCCGCGAUGCCUGCCCGGCCGACGCGCCGCGGGACGCCCUCCUGCGCUUCCACAGCGAGCGGCACGUCGCCAGGCUCGAGGGCCUCUUCGACCGCGUCGAGGCCGACGCGCGCGCGCCGCCCUUCGACCCCGCGCGGACCAAGAAACGGCGGCCGAUGCUCUCCAUCGACGACGACACGGCGGUCAUGGCCAAGUCGCGCGCGGCGGCGCUGGCGUCCUGCGGCGGGGCGAUGCGGGCCGUCGACGCCGUGCUCCGGGACGGCUACGGCAACGCCUUCGCGUGCGUGCGGCCGCCGGGCCACCACGCGACGCCGACGCAGGCCAUGGGGUUUUGUCUCUUCAACAACGUGGGCGUCGCGGCGCUCCACGCGCGGGAGACCUACGGCGUGCGGCGCGUCGCCGUCGUGGACGUGGACGUGCACCACGGCAACGGCACGGAGGCGUAUUUUCGCGACGACGCGGAGCUGUUCUACGCGUCGUUCCACCAGGGCGGCGGCGACUUCUACCCCGGCACGGGCCUCACCCGGGGCUCCGCGAAGGUCGUCAACGGCGCCAGGGUCGCCGGCGAGACGGGCGGCGCGGGGCUCCGCGGCGUGCGGCGGUGCCUCGCGGACAAGAUCCUGCCGGCGCUGGCGACCUUCGACCCGGGCCUCGUCAUCGUGUCCCUGGGCUUCGACGCCCUCGCCAAGGACCCCAUCGGCGGCCUGGACCUCGCGCCCGGGGAUUACGCGGAGAUCACGAGGCUCGUCGCGGCCGCGGCGCCGGCCGCGAAGCUCGUCUCCGUCCUCGAGGGCGGCUACGACGUCCGCGAGAUCUCGCGCGCGGCCGUCGCCCACGUCUCCGCCCUCCUG